AGAUUUUCUCUUCUCAUCGGCCCACAAAAAAUCUUAUCUUUUUUCAAAGUUUGUCGCUCCCAAUCUCUUCGUAACAGUCGCAUCAGGUCUCCCCACUCCGAAAAAGAAGGCAAAAAAAAAAAAAAAAAACAUUUACAUCCAUUAACACACCAUUGAAGCUCAAAUCCACCGGCCUCCUUCGGUUGUUACGCACAGAGAUCGCUACGUAUAAUCAGGAUCGAUCAAACUAUCUUUACAAGCCAAACGAAAAGAUGGGUUUCCUUCACAAGCUCUGGGACGAGACGCUGGCCGGCCCCGCCCCCGACACCGGCCUCGGCGAGCUCCGCAGGCACCGCUCCUUCUCGGCCACGCGGUCCUCCUCCGCCACCCACCACCACCCCGCUCCCCCUCCUGCUCCCGCCUCGCCGGCGGUCACCCGCAGCAUCACCAUCGUCAGGACCGCCCCGGCUCUCCGGAGGUCCGUCUCCCUCGACCCGGGGUCGGGCCCGAGCACCCCUGGCACUCCUUCGACGCCUGGGACUCCGGAUGGGAAACUGAAGAGAUUCACGAAGAGAAAACCGCCGACCGAGGGAUCGGACGGCGCUCAACCUAGAGGUCCUACUGAUUAUGAUUGGAUUUUGAUUAGCGCUUUGGAUCGUUAGACGGAGAAACUGACAAUAUAUCUUCUUGCUGGAUUGGCGAUUUUACCUCUCCCUGUACAUAGAGGAAUCAAUCUUUUUCGCUGAUAUCGGCUCGUAAGAAUUAUAUGUAUGCUUACAUAUAGUUAUGCUAUUAAAUAAGAUUGUUCAUAUGAAGAAUGGUCAGGUCACAGAGCAGGGACCAAGUCCUUCAUGGAGUUUCCGAGAGAGAAAGAGUAGUAGUAGUAGUAGAAGAAGAAGAAGAUGCCUUAAGUCCCAUCAAACUCUGCCUCAGCUUAACCUUCGAGAGUUUUGGGAGCUUUAGACAUUUCUUCUCCAAUUGCUUUUUCUUCCCCUUGUGUUCAUGUACAUAAUGAUAUUUGUCGUGCUUCUUCAUUUUUGGUUUUCUGAUCCUUUUGUGUAUAUAUGUGAUUAUGUGUGUAAUGGGAAGCUCCUCUUUCAAUGAAACUCAUAUUAUAUCCA